AGCCCCGAACUAAACUGUGUUAGAUGAGAGAGGGCAGCCUUGACGUCGGAUCGCUCUUUAGAAUUUGAUUGCCUUAAAGUUCUUCGGGGAAGGCACUACGAAGGUUGCGAUUCUCACGAUGAUGUGGUGCUCGGACAGAGAUGACUUACGAUCGAGCGUUACCACUGGAUCAGUGGACGGCCACAGUGGAUCAUUGAAAAGCUACAAUGGAAAGGAAAACCCUGCGUUUACGAAUUGUGAACAGGAGAAUGUUUGGACACAGCCGUCGAAGCAGGGCGACGCAGUCUCCGUGUCGACUGAGUCUGGAAGAAGAGUUUCAGUAACUGGCACAGGGUCUCUACGGCCUGGGUGUCUGCGAUGGGUUGCUGGCGGGCCCAAGGCGUUCGCUUUCUGGAGCAUGUUGUACUUCCUGUUGAAGGUCUCGGGAAAUGUGUAUCUGGGCACCAUCAUCGACACCAUUGAGAAGCAGUUUGAGUUGUCCAGUACCGAAUCUGGUGCCCUUGCCAUUCUGAAUGAUGCAAUGGAUUUGGCCCUGGUCGUCUUUGUGGCUUACUUCGGCCAGAGUCGCCACCGGCCUCGCAUCAUCGCCGUCGGGUCAGUUAUAGCCGGCCUGGGCGUCCUAACCUGUGCUGUGCCACAUCUACGGCUGCCUCCGUACACCAGCGCCCCACUGGGCUGCAACGACACGGACCAGUUCGUGGACUACUGCUCAGAUGACCCCAAGGACAAAGCCAAUCCUUGCUUUGUGGAAUUCGAGCAGCCAGCAGAGAAGCCCAUAGUCUGGCUCAUUAUCGGUCAGAUAAUGCUGGGCAUUGGCAACGUGCCCAUUAAACCUCUCGGGACCACGUAUAUCGAUGAUGCAGUCGGCAAACAUACCACGCCAGUUUAUCUUGCUUUUCUCUUUAUUGCCGGGAGCGGCGGCUCCGUGGGCGGGCUGCUCCUCGGCUCCCUGACCAAUUCUAUCUUCGUGGACUUUGACCGCGUCGCCCCCGAGGACCGACCGUCCUUCCCGCAGACCGACCCCCGGUAUAUCGGUGCCUGGUGGCUGGGCUUCGUCAUCAUCGGCUGCGCGGUCCUGCUGAUCAGCGUUCCCUUCUUCUUCUUUCCCCGGCACCUGCCUAAGACAAAAGAGAGGAUAAGGGAGGAAGAGCAACAUGCAGAGGAAGCGAAGGAGAACGGGUUUCAGGAAACUAGAGAUGACGGUAUAGAGCUGGAGUUGGACGAGCUUUCAGCAAGUGAAACUGGAAGCGACGGGGCAAAGGACGAUCGUAACAAGGCGCCAUUUAUGAAAAGACUAUCAGUGAUUCUGAAGAAAAUGCUCUAUAGCUACAAGACGAUGCUCACGAAUGUGCCACUGCUCUUGCUGUGCCUUACUACUGCAGCUUCGUCCGCUAUAACCUCGGGUUUUGGAACGUUUGCGCUGAAAUACUUCAGAGUGGAGCUGGGAAUUAGCACUUCACUGGCAUCACAACUUGCAAUUGUCGUCGUUGCCUGCAUGGCCGCUGGUAACGUGAUCGGAGGCUUAAUCAUCAGGCGUUGGAAGUUGUCACCAGCGCAGUGCACCUUCAUUCUGAUCUUCGGUGAAGUUGUUGCUAUCCUGUGCAUGCCCGCCUUUCUCCUCGUAGGGUGUAACACAAAGCCUGUCGCUGGUGUCUCAACGAACUACGCAGCUCCUGCACCCUUCGACGGGCUUCCCGAAAUUACCCAGCCGCUUAUUUUUCCAGACUCGGUUCAGCAGGCUGUGUCGCCGUGCAACGUCAACUGUACCUGCGGGAACGAGGACUACAGCCCCGUCUGCGGUGCCGACGGCAUAACCUAUGUGUCCUCAUGUUACGCUGGGUGCGAGGUUGUGGAGAGGGCCAAAGACGACAGAGGAAAAUGGAUCAAUAGUUUUAGCGAGUGUCGUUGCAUCCAACCUGGUGGCGUGAACGCAACGGCCAUAGACGGUGAGUGCGCAGACGAUUGCCCGGAUUGGGUUGUGCCGUUCAUCAUAACUAUCUGUGCCGCGAUGUUCUUCAGUAGCUCUCUCGGCAAAACGGGCUUGGCACUUAUAACAUUGAGAAUUGUCGAUGAUGAUAUGCGAGCAACGGCUCUCGGCUUCCAGACACUUGUUCUGAAUCUCUUGGGAUAUUUCCCAGCACCCUUGUACUUUGGCGCGGCAAUCAACCUGGCUUGUAUCCUAUGGGGAUACAGCAACGGUGAUAGGGGCGCGUGUUGGUUCUACGAUAUCGACCUGUUCAGAUACUCCUUCCAGGGUUUGAUCGGGGGCAUCAGGGUGAUAUCGGUAUUGGUGCUCUUCGGAGUUUUCUACACCCUCCGCAAUGUGAAGGAGAAAGAGCGCAAGGAAGAGCAGUUGAAGAAAACUGAAACUGAAUAGGGGGAGGAGUUGCCCUUUUUGUCAGUGACUGCCUGAACUUCACCAAAAGAGACGAUCUCAUGUCCUCUUGUGAGGACUUUGAAUGUGUGUUUAUUGAGAUCCAGCGUGAUGGUGCUUGUAAUCUUGUCAUUGGUAAUGUUUACAGAGCUCCUGGCACAUCCACAGACAUUUUUUCCUUUCAUUUGAUAUUUGCCUCAACAAGAUCACGAAUGAAAAGAAGCUGUGUUAUAUAAUGGGUGACUUCAAUCUUGACUUGACAAAUUAUUCCACUCAUCAGCCUACAGAGGAUUUUGUGAAUACUCUUUAUGCCUAUUGUCUUCGUCCAUUGAUAGAUAAACCCACUCGUAUCACACCCCGCAGCUCCACUCUUAUCGACAAUAUCCUUACUAACAAUAAUACCAAUAUUUCUGCUUCAGGUAUACUUUAUGCUGAUAUUUCUGAUCACCUUCCCCUUUUCCAGAUUACUUCUGACUGUUUCCAAGGCAAUCAUCCUUCCCCAAGUACUUACAUCGUACGUGACAUCUGUAGCGCUACACUCUCAGCUUUUAAAGCUGACAUUGAGCACACAGACUGGAGUGAAGUCUACGAUUGCACCAAUGCGGAGACCGCAUAUGACGCCUUUCUCAAUAGAUUUACUGUUCUAUACAAUCACCAUUUCCCACUUGUAACAAAAGUUGUUGGUAAAAGCAAGAAGAAUCAGCCAUGGAUGUCCCGGGGAAUACUGAAGUCCUGUAAAUUUAAACACAAGCUGUAUAAACGCUUCUUGCGUAAUCCUACAAUGGCAAACAAACAGAGAUACAAAAGGUUACGUAAUCGUCUCACUCAAGUUAUUAGAAUGGCAAAGAAAAACCACUACGCCAGCAGGUUCGCCAAUGCAAAGAAGGAUGUCAAAAGCACAUGGCGUGAGAUCAAUAAUAUCUUGGGCAAGAAAAAGAAGGAUGAUCUUCCUGAUAAUUUCCUCAAUGCUAAUCAGUCUAUUUCUAAUCCUUCCACUAUUGCUGACACCUUCAAUUCUUACUUUUCUUGUGUCGGGUCAACGCUGGCUAGCAGGAUUCCUUCCACCGAUGUUCACUUCACAGAUUAUCUGCAGGAUAGAAAUACCUCUUCUUUAUUUCUUUCUCCCACCGAUCCUUCUGAAAUCUCACAAGUUGUUCAUGAACUUAAAAAUGCCAGUUGUGGGUUUGAUGAUAUCCAUUCAUCAGUAGUUAAAUCCUGCAUAUCCUUCAUCUCUCAUCCUCUUGCGCACAUUUUCAACCUGUCUAUCCUUACUGGUGUCGUUCCUUCUAAUCUAAAGAUAGCGAAGGUAACUCCUGUUUUUAAAACCUAUGACCGCCGUGACUUUUCUAAUUAUCGGCCUAUCUCCGUCCUUCCAUGCUUCUCAAAAAAUACUUGAAAAGCUGAUCUAUAAGCGACUUUCUAACUUUCUCUCCAAACACCAGCUUCUUUAUGAUCAUCAAUUCGGCUUUCGGAACAAGUAUUCCACAGAUAUGGCGCUUAUCCAUCUUGUUGAUUACCUCUCUAGCUCUCUCUCUCUGAUAAACUACACUCUGUUGAUUUAUUCAUUGAUCUUUCUAAGGCUUUCGAUACGAUUGACCAAUCCAUUCUCCUAUCAAAGCUUGAGUAUUACUUAGUUAGAGGCGUCGCUCUUCAGUGGUUUGUUGAUUACCUAUCAAAUAGAAGACAGUAUACUACAGUAAAACUGCGAUUCGUCUCCCAUGACAAUCCACUAUGGCGUGCCACAAGGCUCUAUCAUUGGCCCUUUGCUGUUUCUUCUAUACGUUUCUUCUAUAAUAAUCUUCACUGUAGUUCUCCUCUCUUGUCUUUUAUCCUUUUUGCCGAUGACACUACUAUUCUCUUCUCACAUUCAAACUUUGCUUCUCUGAUCAACAUCUUGAAUUUCGAGCUUGUUAAACUUUCAUCUUGGUUCCAAGCGAACAAGCUCUCCCUUAAUUCCUCUAAGACUAAGUAUAUGAUCUUCAGUAGGUCAUCCAACUCCAGUCAACAUGAAGCUGUGAAGAUAGAUGGUACUGCCAUCUGUAAAGUUCAUUCCACAAAAUUCCCUGGUUUCAUUAUCGAUGAUAAACUCUCCUGGUCUCAUCACAUAGCCUCCGUCUCUAAUGUAAUAAGCCGCAACACAGGUGUACUCUCCAAACUCCGCUCGUUUUUACCUUCCACCACUUUAUUCACGCUAUAUAACACACUGAUCCUUCCCUAUCUGAACUUCUGUAACAUCGUUUGGGCACGCAUUCUUUAAUCAAAGUCCAGAAAAGAGCAAUUCGCAUAUGCACCCUGACUCUCCCCCGUGACCACACCGCACCUCUGUUCGCCAAAUUACGCACACUAACACUCAUCGAUAUUAAUAAACCUCAAACAGGUAUUCUAAUGUAUACAUUUACCAAUAAUCUCCUGCCCUUCACAUUCUCAUCGUACUUUACCUCUGUUAAUAAUAUUCACCAAUAUCACACCAGAUCUCACAAAAACCUGUAUGUACCAUUCACUCGCACUUCCUACUCGAUGAAUACUCUACGCUUCUAUGGACCACGUCUCUGGAAUGGACUUGACCCACUUAUCAAAUCUCAAUCCUCUGUAGGCAGAUUUAAAAAUCAUAAGACGCAUCUGCACGCCCAUUAUAUUACAUAGCUUCUCCGCUUCUUCGUUUCUCUCAGUUUAAUUUGCCUGCUUUUUACCUCUUGCUUUGCUUUUUAUUUAUCUUGUCAUCUCUGCCGCUGCUCCUCUAUUGUUCUAUACGCUUCCGUUAUUAUUAUUGCACUUUGGUAAUGUUUAUCACAUUUGUUUGUCCUUUUCUCUAAUUGUUUGUUUUUCCUUAUUUUUUUUAUUCUAAACGUUCGUCUAUCGUGUGAGAUGUUAUGUAUUUGUACAGGCAUGUUAUAUGUUAUAAGCUUCGGCUUUUUUUAGCAUGCCUCCAUCAGUAUAAUUUUUCAUUAUUUUGUAUUAUAAUCAAAUGUUGUGAAAAGAUGGAAAUAAAUGUUCUUGAAAUUGAAAUUGAAUAAAGUGAACAGCUGGUCCUGCACCAAACAACACGAAGAAGAGAUAAGCUAGAGCGUAAUAAGACAUAAAUAGGUCAAAGACAGGUCAAGUAAUCCUCAUGGUUUUAACAUUGAAUUACUGUACCGUAAAUGUUAAUAAAAACGUUUAAAAAAUCAAAGGUUGGGGUUAAACGUAGGCCUAAGUAAACCCUGGAUAAAUACUGAACAUUUGACAACUUUCGUUUAAUAUUAGAACCACAACAUUAAGUGAGGCUUAAGAUUUGCAUUUUGAAAUCUGCCUGUAAAUACUAAUGCGGUGACAGCAUUGAUUACAUUUUGAACGACCCUUUUCUCCACAAGUGUCAAUAUGAUUUGUUAUUAACUUGUACACAGAUAUCCUCUUUGAAUCAUAUUCUGCACAUUCGUCAUAUUGUUCAGUCGAAACACUGACUGCGUUCUUUAUUUUUUUAGACCGAUUGAAAAGCGUACGCAGAUAUUUUCAUAUUUUGUUUCAAUACAUGGCCAUCCAACGUCAAUUUUAACAGUAAUAACUACUUAUAAAGCGCCUUCCCUUUUAUUUAAAAAAUACACAAAGCGAUGUACAGUGAAAGCCACUUCUUCAAGCUAAAACAUUAAUUAGUAAGACAAAACGUUGUAGGGCUAAUCGAUACAAAAUUAUGGGGCACUCAAAUGAGGUGUCAUUGAUCAUCCUCACUUUGUGUCAUUUUUUUAGAGUGAUUUUAAGCUGUUGCCUACUGACACUAAAAUCCCAGUCAAGUUUGAAAGUGUUUCCUUUUUUUCCCAGUCAAACACGACUAUACAGUGUGUGUAAAAAAUGCGAACAAAAUAUAACGGACAGUCAGACAGAGAAUGUGUAACUAAUACGGAGAUAAUAGGUAUGGUUUGAAAGAUACGCCUUUCCAAUUUAGAAUAAAACAUCAACCACGCUUUUAAAACGG